UAUACAGUAAAUCUUUUUAUUAAAAAUGUCAAACUUCUUUGUUUUGGACUUCUUUUAAUGCAUUGGGGUUUGGUUGUACCGAUGCUAUAAAUAUAUUACCAUUGGGAUUUCUGAGUUUUAUUGCAACAUCUGGUUAUUUAUCAAUCUUAUGUAUUACGAUACAUUAUUUCAAAUAUAAUGGAAGAAGAUGAAGUCAAUAAGUAUUCAUAGUAUAUCAUUUUUAUAAAAUGAUAUAUUUCUGGAUCCAAAAAAAGAAGUUAUAUUUGCAUUCCCUUCAAAUAUAAUUCUCUUCAUCCAUUUACAUUUAAAGAACAUGUCUUUAUCAAUCAUAUUUUUUUAAUGUACACCUAAAAAAGCUGUUUAUUAUGAAUUGUGAUGUUGACAAUAUUAGUAGUUCUUGUUAGUUAGAAUAUAGUAGAACCAUUAUACUUCACAACUGCCAUCAUUAAACAUGCAUUAACGUGCUAAAGUACCAGACGAGAGAAAUACAUUUAAAUGUAUUAAUGUCCACAUUACUUCAUUUGAAUAUAACAUUUUCUUUCAGUCACACACACACAAGUUUUCGAUCCAGUUCAUACAGUUGUGUAAAGCAAUGACAAGCCCUUCAACUUGUGCACACUCGCUUUCUAUUUCUCAAAUACGCUCAACCAGUAGUUAGGCUGCCUGAAUGACACACAGCAGACCUGAAACAUAGUGGUGUUUUUGAUCAACAAUAUACUUUUGCCUUGACUUUAGAAUGGAUGAAAGAUGAUUAAUAGAUCCAGUAGGCCAUUUCUUUUAACCGUGGAGGCCUAACGACCUCCAUGGCGCACAGAGAUGAGCAGCCGUCACAUGGAGUUUGGCCUCACCGCUGUGGCUUGUCAACAAUCUCACCUCUCCUCCCCUUCAGUCGGCCUAUUCUGUCAAAUUGAUGCUUUUACUCACAGUCACUCAUUCACGGUCUCCAUUAUGUGGAUAAGGAGCAGCUGGUUGUUAGGAAGUUAUUUGUCUGACAUUAGGGUUUAAACCCUGAACCUUUGCCUGUGAGGGAUACGCCUAGCCACUACACAUCCUGUUGCCUAGCUUGACGAGGAUGAUGAUGAUGAUGAUGAUGAUGUGGAUGCUGCUUAGGAAAACAAGACCAGUGCAGAGAUUUGACAAAUGCUUUGUUUUUCUUUUAAUUUAGUUGUGAUGCAUCACUAUGUUAAAGGCCUACACAGAGAUAUUUCAAAUAUGCUUUUGGUUUAUUUUUUAAUAAAUUAGUUCUAUCAGGCCUACCACAAAUCAAAAUCAUCGGGGCAUCUCGAGUUAGGAUCAACGGGUAAGGUCCUUUUUAAAGGGACUGUCAAUGUAUAAAUUGACAAUAGGCUAAAUAAAUAGGAUUUAAUACUAAUUUACCUAAAUUAACCUUUCCCCGGCUCACUCUAUUGCAGCGCCCCAUCUGGUAGACUUCCCUAGCCAUCGAGAUGCUUAUCCCAGGAUAAAGUACCCUCUAAAUCCAUAGGGAAUGGGUAUUACGUGUGACCCAAAGCCAUUUUGCCAGGAAACAGCAGCGAGCGCUUCAAACAAGUGUGCUUGUCCUCUACGUGCACCUCAUCGGGAUAGGCCGUAGUAGGCUCUGUUUGCUUUUAAUCUAUAUUUUUUAUCAGACUACAGCAAACAAGGAAUUUAUAAAUCAGAAGGGAAGGAGGCUGAAAAUAACACUUUUCAAACUAAAACCUUUUUUCCUUUACAGAGACAUUUUUGGGUGUAGCGCAGUUUUAAGUGCACCUGAGGUUCAAUGGUCAGCAUGGGAUUAAUAAAUAACGAAAGGGGGAGUGUCGGGAAACACCUUAAAAGACAUAGUAUACGUUAGCUCCUUGCUCGACAGAGCAAUCCCUCCUUCACUUCUCAUUUAGGCCAAGUUGCGAGGCCAUGGAAGACACUGUGAAGGAUUUCUCGGUGUCUUACAAUCGCAUUAACAAUGAAGACACCUUUACUGGAGGAGAUUUCAUCUCAGGGAACAUCAAAUUAGAACUUUCAAAAGAUUGUAAGAUCAAUUCACUUUAUGUGCAGAUCAAGGGGAAGGCCAAGGUCUUAUGGUCAGAAGACCAUGGUAGAACGUCAACAGUUUACUCUAGCACAGAGAAGUUCUUAAGUAUUAAGCAAUCCGUCAUACAGGAGCUCAAAGGACAGGAAAGCCAAACGGUUGGCCGAGGGUGCUAUGCCUACCCAUUCAACUUCCAGAUUCCUUCAGAAGAUCUUCCACCAUCCUUCAAAAGCUUCACUGGGAAAAUCCGGUACAGGGUGAAGGCCUACCUGAGUAGGUCUAUGAGCCGAGAUAGCAAAGCUAAUGCUCCCUUCACCGUUAUUUCCAAAGCCAGCUGUAGUCCAGAAAUGAUGAUUCCACAGCAUAGUAUCAAACACCAGAAACUAAAACUCUUCAACUCAGGAAAAGUGACUAUGGAUGUUCACAUUGAUAAAAUGUCCUUCUGUCCAGGUGAGGCCAUUCAAGUCACAGCCUACAUUCAGAACAGUUCAUCCCGGGACAUUAAGCCCAAGUACUGCUUGUAUUUAAAGACCAGCUUUUUUGCAAAUGGAAAGAGAAAAGUAAUGACCAAAGACCUGGUGAAAGAGGUGGGGGAGCCCAUCCCCCACUCCGCCGGCCAGAAUGUGAUCAGGGUCAUCACCGCCCCCGCCACCACCGAAGUGUCCAUCUUGAACUGUUCCAUCAUUAAACAUGAGUACAGACUCAAGGUCUAUCUGGACGUGAAGUAUCAAUUUGACCCAGAGGUCAAGUUCCCCAUCGUCAUCCUGCCCGCCACAGCAUCUCCUGGCCUGGGUCAGCCUCCUGCCGAUGGGGCCGAUGGGGGCUAUGGGGGCUAUGGCUUUGAGGCGUUCGGGAACCCUUCACCUACCUCAGCAGCCUCUGAACCCUCUGCCCCACCUCCGCCUCCCUCCUACGGGACAUACAGCCUGUAUCCCCCCUUGUCUUGAACUUAACAACGAACAACAACAACCAGUAUCUGAUAUGGAUUUGAAAUGCUGAGUCGAUUUGAAAUGAUGGAAUUUGAAACAAUGACUAUCAUGUUAUAUGACUCAUCAUGUUAUAUAUUCUUGUACAUUUUACGCAUUCAAUCUGUCCAACACGUAAGGUUGUUAUUUGCAUUUUACAUCGUCUGCUAAAUGCAUAAUUGUAAAUGUACUGUUAAUCCCUUUGAUAUUCAGUGUCCAUAGGCUGCAGUAAUAUGGUGUUCAUUUAGCCUCCGUGGCCACUGAGUGCACUUGACAAAGAAGGCCUUCAUGCACACUCAUCCCCCUGUAUAUUUAUACAUCCAUGAGUCACCUUUUCACAGACACAUUCACUGAAUUAAACAUGUUUAAAAUACAACCAUUCAUUCAUACACAUGCUAAUGCGUCCUUUCAGUCAAACACAUGCUCAUACACCCGCACACAUCGAUGGUGGUAUCAACAAUACCAGGGAACAAACAGCUUGCUAGAAGCAGAUAAGGCAGCUUGCCUUGUUUUACUGAGAAGGAACCAGCAACCCUCCAGUUGCCAUCUCAACCUAUCUACCUCAUGAGAUACUGUUUGGAUCAUAUGAACCAAAAACUAAAGAUAAUCUGAAAGUCAUCUGUAUAAUGUCAAUUCAAUUCCUGCAAUGUAUUACUUGAUUGACACAUUUAAGAUUAAAUAAAUUAAGAGAGACAACAAUUAA